UUUAAGAGUAAAUAGUAAGUGUACUUUAGGUUAAAAGUCUAAACGGUUCUUGGACCGAAAUACACAUGUGAUAAAGAUAUCACGAUUUUACGUGAUGCGAUUUGUAUACACCAAUCGAUUUGAUUGACGUCUGCGUGUAGUAUCGCUGAUACGCUAAACUUCGCCCAUUGUUUCCUUCAACGCGGGAAAGGAGUUAGUGAAUCUAUCGACGAUAGUAAAGCGCACGAAGGAGUUUAAUCGAGGAUUUUAAACAUUUUUCGUCGAUACCAGAGUGCAUGAAUUUGAUUUUCGUCGAAUUCUGCUUUGUUUUGGAAGAGUUUGGAUCGGAUACUACGCGUUCAAGGUCCAGCACUCUCGGAAGCUAAACGAGUAUGUUUCACAACCACAUGAAACGACGUAACCACAUUGACAGAGAAAUGUGAUACGCUACACUUGAUUACGCCCCAACAAUAGCUGUGAAAUUGUAAGCUGUUGGACGUCGCCACUCAUAUUGGAGGCACGAACAGCCAUUUCAAAUCCAAGAGUAUGGGAGAUCUUCGAUUGCACUUUUAAAGAUUUGACGACUUUUACGUUGAAAAUGGUAGUACACUUGGUCAACAUAUGCCCUUGUUGUUAUUGUGUGGCUUUGUUUACGCUUGUUGUGUUUCCAUUCGUCGGAUUUUGCGAGGAUUCUCUUCCAUAUCCUGUUGGGUUAUAUCCAUUUAAUAAAAACUAUGAAACUGCUGAUGCAAGCUGCUACGGUAACUUGAGGGGAACAGGUCACAAUGUUCACCUCGCAACAGGCCCAUUUGGACAGGCAGAAACUGCAUAUGAGUUUGCAGGAAUUGGAACAAGCCAUGUCACUAUUCCACAAAGUCGUCAUCUGGAUGUGAAAACAUCAAUAACAAUUUUAGUUUGGAUAUAUCAAAUGGAUCAUGCUGGUUCUGUCAUACAGUAUUUGAAUAAGGAUGGCGAUGUUGGACUUUACACCUCAAGUACUACUUCAUUGUCUGCAAAGUUUGCAGAUCGAACUAGAAAAUCUUUUUCAUCAGUUAACAAUGGUAAUUAUUCAGUUAGUCUUCAAAAUAAGUGGCAAUACAUUGGAGUUUCUUUUAGCUAUAACACUGGAAUGGCAACCUUGUGGAUAGAUGGUAAAGAUGUUCAGAUAAAAUAUUUGGGCAAGUUUGAAUUAAGCACAGACCAUGAUAUUCGUAUUGGGGGUGGACAAGGUAAAGGAGACAGUUUCCAAGGACGAAUAUCAUGUUUACAGAUCUAUAAUAGAGCAUUAACGAAAAAUGAAGUUGCUGCUGUGAGGAACAGAUGCAAUGAGCACAGUCUUGCAACUCCAGUAAACUGCAAUACAAUUGCAGCACCAGCUGGAUGUGGUGUUACCAUGACUUCACUAUCUGAGACAUUCUACUCUCCUGGUUAUCCUAAAGGUUAUCCGUACAAUGCAAAUUGUGUGUGGGAAAUAGAAGUUCCCAGUGGAUUUGUGAUAAGCUUGCAGUUAAGGAAAUUUUCUUUGGAAGUAUCUUCCAUGAAGUGGCCAAAUUGCCCAGAUUUUGUUAUUGUUCUUGAUGGUGUCACCAGCUGGUCAGAAAAACUCAAAGCUCUUUGUGGAGGGGCAGAGGGCUGGGAAAGGAAAAUUGUUUCCUCUAAAAAUGGUAUGAGAGUGGAGUUUAAAUCUAACAAAGAUGGCUCAGCUCCAGGCUUUAUGGCAACAUACACAGCAACUCCAGUUGAUGAAGUUUUAAAAGAGGAAGAUGAGGAAAUGAUUGACUUCAGUCGUCACUACACUGGAAUUGUGAUAGGUGUGGCAUGUGCCGCAAUCUUUGCAAUCCUGUCAAUCAUUACAUUUAGCCACACGAGGAGGAGAUUACGGGAGCGUCGCCAUGGCAGCUUGACACAGAGUGGCCGCAGACAGAUCUCUUAUUCUGACAAUGACAUCUUUCAACAAAAUGCUCCACCCACUUAUGAUGAUGUGAUGCGCUACCCAGAGCUGUACCCACCAACACCAUGUCAAGGAUCAUUAGCCAAUACUCCGGCAGCGACCCCAAGGAGGGGGUCCCCUGUCUCAACCCCUACAACACCACGCCGCUCUUUCGACAGACAUAGAUCACCAAUGGUAAUUCCGAAAGUUGGAACACCUGUGGGAAUGCCACUUUUUAACCCACGGCAGAGACCUUCGAGUUCACUACAAAGUACCCUGAGUUUUUCUAUGCAGCGUGGUAUUUCCCCCCUGGCCCGAGCUGAAUUGACUCCGCAGCAGUCCCGUCAAGCAGAUCAUCUGUCUUCCGAUGAACACGAUGAUGAUGACGACGAUGAUGAGCUGCCACCAUACCCGGGUAUUACGGGGCAACCUACGAGGGGAGAUUACACUGCUCUUAGUAUGGACGUUGAUUCUGUUUUGGAUCAAGUUAGAGAGACGUUGGAACAAAGAAGGUUCACUCUACGAAAUGGAUCAAACCCUUCCUUAAGUGACAAUAAUUCAGUGCGAUCUCACACCAGUGUAACAGUGAAUGCUCAAAGGAGUUCGCUGCCCUUAUCUGGUGGUCUGAACAAUUUAGGACCACUACAGGAAAGAACUGAACCGAGCAGAACUCCAAACACAUCAAUAUCAAGUGUUGAUGGUAACGGUUAUGCUAAUCCAUGGGUAUCUUCUAAAAUUCCCCGCGGGAACAGAUAUGGAGGUAUCUUAAGAUCUAUUGAGUCAGAUGUAUGAGGUUUAAGUACCGUGCGAUACCUGAUUUCAGGAGCUAUGUGAGGGAAGAUGUAUUUACUAAGAGGCCUCAAUUAAGACCAAACUUAACAGUCGUUUUAGACUUUCUUCGAGAGCUGAAAGAACGAAUCUUAAAAAAUCAUUCAGUGUCGUCGUUUCUGAGGCACUAUAUUUAUGACCUUGCGGUUCAGAUGGUCAUAGAAUUUCCUGGUUGACUCCGUCUUGACAGUAAGUUAAGGGAGAGGAACUCCCCUAAAUUGUCCACAAAGAGAUACGCUGAUUGGAAGGGGGAUCUGUUUCAGACAUGCUGUAUUUAACCCUUUAACCCCUAAGAGUGACUAGCAUCUAAUUUCUCCUUACAAUAUCACCCCUGAAUCACACACUAAGGUCAUGAGAAUAACGGAAAUGAUCAUAAACUACAGAAACUCUGUUUUGGCAUGCUAAUUCUUCUUGUCAGCACCUUUGGAAAUGUAUAGAGAACAGUAUGGAGAAUAUGCAUACUGAUGUUUGGGUGUAAAGGGUUAAAAGGAAGAGGAGGGGAUCUCAUGAGUUGACGUGUAGAAGAAGAUAAGUUUUUCACGUCCGGUCUGUUUAAAUGUUAGGCGGGUUACUUUAAAGAAAUAGUAUUCCAAAUUGUUCCGGUAUUGAUCAAAACAGUUCUUUUGUAUUUCCUUCCUCACUGAAAUUUGUGUCUGGAUAGAAAACUGACACAGUUUUUUUAAUUCUAAGGUUAUAAAGAGGUUACUAGUUUGGUCGGAAGCGGUAUUUGAAAGAUUAAGUGGCUAGAACAUAAUCUCAUGGGUGAAGUUCAUGUCGGACUUAGUUGGCCUGGGGCGAAACAUAAACGAGCCAAAAAAAAGAGCUCCAAAGCUAUCGUAAAACUUACUGGUCUCCGAUGCCCUCCAAAAUCUUCAGUUUUAAGCAGUACUGUCAUGCCAGACUCGAGAACCAUCGGAUGUUAUGAAUUGCGUAUGUACAGAAAUCGAGUUAUUUCUGCCUUAUAUUUUAAAUUUGUAUUGUUUGUUGGGAGAAAGUUAAAUUAAAGCGUAUAUUUACCCGGAUUAAUAUAAUAUAGAAGAGAGUUUUAUCAAACA